UUAAACCACAACACUGUAACACUCUGUCCCAUCCCAGGACUCUAACCAGUGGCAGUCUCCCAUCCAAUGUGCUGCCAAGACAGUCCUUGCUUAUCUUACUGUUUUACAUGCUGUGAGAUCCCCAUAGACCACAAUGAACCUAUUGGUUUCAAUGGGCAAAAAAUUCCAGUGUUAAUGCACAAGUCAUAGUUCCCUAUACCAUUAAAGAAGGGAGGGCGCAAUAUUCGUGAAUAUGCACAUAUAUUUUCGCAUAUGCGCAAAAAAGAAAAAAAGCGAAUAUAACGAAUAUGCGAAUAUAUGACGAAUAUUCGUCCAUAUAUUCGUGAAAUAUCGCGAAUUCAAAUAUGGCCUAUGCCGCUCAUCACUACCGGGCAGUCAGCCAAUCACCCCACUCUACUCUGUAACCCUUUCCUCUCUGGUUUCAUGCUGUACAUGUUACGCAGAGGAAGAUGCUUGGAGCUUGCCUGCAGUAAUCAGAAGACAUUACGUUACCAAGACAUCAUGUUGACUAACGAAGACUACAAUUCACUUAUUCAAGGCAUCUCUGAUCUGAAUUUCACUGUGGGCAGUAUCCCUUGUAAGCUACUUGUUACCGGUGACACAGCAUUCCCAGUAUUGGUGACUCCAACAAAUCAGGUUCUUAUUGCCGCAUCCAAGUAUGGCAAGGGCCGCAUAGUUGUCUUGAGUCAUGAAUCAUACCUGAAUGAGCCUCAGUUUACAGAUUUUCUGCGAAAUGCGAUAUCCUGGUUAAAACCAUCCCCAGAAGCAGUGGUGGGAGUUGUAGAAAGCCUAGGCCUUCUGGCAAACAACCUGUCUACAUUUGGACAUAACACUGAAUUGACCGCUGGCUUUAGGAAAGAUUUUGGAGUGCUCUGUAUGGCUGGAUAUGAUGACAGUCAGGAAUCGGAAAUUGUGCCAUUUUUAAGAGAAGGUGGUGGUCUACUUAUUGGAGCUCAAGCCUGGUAUUGGUCAGAAUGUUACCCAGAAUUAAAUGUUUUCCAUAAGUUUCCUGGAAACAAAAUAACAUCUGUAGCUGGUGUCUAUUUCACAAAUCAAAAAGGAGACAAUGGGAGUUUCAGUGUGAAUAAGAGACUACCACCAUGUUCAUUAUUUGAUGAGUAUGAUGUGGACUUCUCAGUGGACCUAAAACAGCUCUUGAAUGGUGUUUCCUCCCUGGACAUCAGUGGGAAGUCUAUUGCUUCUGAACUUCUGCUCCAUGGUCCGCUGACAUUUCCAAUUGGGAUGACGGACAGCCACCAGUGUUUCUUUGCUGCUGCUUACUAUGGCAGAGGACGCGUUGUAGUGGGCACACAUGAAGGCUUUCUUUCAAAAGAAGAGCUAAAGCCUUUCAUCCUUAAUGCCAUUAAAUGGUUGAAUGGAGAAACGCAUGGGAGGAUAGGUGUUCGGAAUGAUUUGAAACACCUCACUUCAAUGCUACAGGGCGAAGGUGUCUCUUGUGCAUCAUCCAAUUUCAGUUCUGAGUUCCAUGUAUAUUGUUGCAAUUCGUACAGUGCUGGUGAAGUAGAGACAAUUCAGCAGUUUGUGGCAGAGGGUGGAGGCCUUCUCAUUGCUGGGCAUGCCUGGUACUGGUCCUAUUCUAAUCCAAAUGUGCUUUCUCAAUAUCCAGGAAACAAGAUCCUCAAUAAAUUUGGGAUAAGUAUUCUGAGUGACACUAUUAAAAAUGGCAACUAUAAAGUUCCUGAUCCUGAAUUGCUUCCUAAUUCAUAUCAUUUUCUUAGAGCGGUCUGUCAGCUUCUGAGUAGCCUGAAAAAUGAUGAGGAACUCAGAUCACCUCUAACAUCUUGGUUGGUAAAGCUCCGACAGGACCUCCUAAGUUUUUUCAAGUUGCCAGCAAGCCCUCUUAUUACGUCCUUAUGGCGAGAGCUUUCAGAUCUGUCACAUGGAUGUCAUUUACCCAAAGUCAGUAAACAGCAUCCAGUGAGGAACAACUCUACAGAAUCUUUCAUACUGUGUUUGGCUCAUGAGGUCAACUGCUUAUAUGAUUCAGAUGAAAACAAGACAGGAACACCUGAUGUGCAAGAGAAACCCCCAGCAGAGAUACAGAUUGAUGCCACAAACCCUGGUCGUCAAGCAUGGAGAAGUACAGGACUUUACUUACCUGCCAACAAAAAAGCAACACUUGUAUUUCCUGCCUCAGUUAUUGGGAGAGGUCUUCAGGUGCAGGUUGGCUGCCAGUCAGAUGACCUGAGGUCAGCAGAAGAGUUGUGUCGCCCCCCAGUAGUUAUACAUAGAAAGAAAGUUGAUAAUGAGAAGGUUGUGAUAUCCUGUGUCUGGGGAGGACUUCUCUAUGUUAUUGUCAAUGAGAAAAGUCAACUGGGAAUUAUUCCAGUUACAGUUUAUGGAGCGGAACCAGCUCCAACAUUUAUAAAAGGACAGACUAGCCUUUCCUCGUGGAAGGAUGAAAAGCGCUCCUUACCAGCUCCUUGGGCUGAGCUUAUUACAGAGAACAUUAUCCUUACUGUCCCUUCUGAUUCAAUACGCUCACUAGAGGAUCCAGAAGAGGUGUUGUCUUUAUGGGAUGAGAUCAUGUCGGCAGUAGCAGAUCUUGCAUCUAUCUCAAGAAAACUGCCUCGUCCAGAAAGAAUUGUGGCUGAUGUCCAGAUCUCAGCAGGUUGGAUGCAUGCUGGAUACCCAAUAAUGGGUCAAACAGAUUCAGCAUAUUCCUCAGUAAGUGUUACACGAAUGAAGAAAGGUAUGUGGGGGCAUAUACAUGAACUUGGUCACAACCAGCAGAGAGGAGCCUGGGAAUUCCCUCCUCACACCACAGAAGCCACCUGUAACCUGUGGUCAGUAUAUGUGCAUGAAACAGUGCUAGGAAUCCCAAGGGAUAAAGCUCAUCCCGCUCUAAAUCCAGAUGUCAGAGAAAACAGAAUGAAUACAUAUCUGAAUAAUGGAGCCAAGCUUAAUGAGUGGAGCAUGUGGACAGCUCUGGAGACUUAUCUUCAGCUACAAGAGGGUUUUGGUUGGGAUCCAUUCAAGCGAGUUUUCUUAGAUUAUCAGACCAUGUCCAACGUCAGUAAUGACAAGACUGUUAAGAUGAACCUGUGGGCAGAAAAAUUCUCUCAAGCAGUCAACAAAAACCUGGUUCCAUUCUUCAAGGCCUGGGGAUGGCCUAUUAAUGAUGCCACCAGCCAAAAACUUUCUACACUGAGUGAAUGGGAAGAGGAUCCAAUGAAGAAAUAUGUUACAUAAGUUAAAUAAGACAAAUAUAUAAAAAAAAACACUUAUGAUAAUAUGCUUUAGUUGGCUUAAAAGGAAUGAUAUGCUAAUAGAUAUUACAGAAAUAAAAUAAAAAUGAAAUAAUACUAGAAACCUGCUAAAUUAUAAUCUAAAUUAAGAAAAAUUAUGAUACUUUUGCUAAAUUAACAUUAUGUGCAUAAACAUCUACAA